AAUUAUACCACGUCAAAACUAAAAGUCUAAGAACAGUUAGUUUGGUAAACAAAUCUGAUUCUAUUAUUAUUAAAUACAAAAAAAAUCUAUUUCUAUUACUUUCUCCUUUGUUUUUGCCAGUCUAUCAGCAAAAUGGUAGAGUAAGAGAAUUAGACGUUUUUCUGUACUAAUUUCGCAAGUUUUACUCUAAGUAUAAAAUCUUUGGUUGUUUUGCUUGGGAAAACUUACUUUGUCACUUUUAAAAGCAAAGCAUAAGAUCAGGCAUUUUAAAAUGAAUGAAGCAAACUAUAUUUGAGAGAGUGAGCAGCCGUUUGGCAUUUCCUUAGGACUACAAACAAAUUUCUACAUCUCACAACUUUCUUCCAAGGUUACACGUUUGUUUUGGUACAGUGAACGAAAUAUAAACAAACAAAUCGUUAUGUGAGUGUUGUUUUUUUGGGUGAAAUAAACAAAAUUUUAAGUAUGAUACGCUUCAUACCAUUAGACACUGAUGUUGUCUAUUUAAUAUCAAUUAUUUCGACUGGUUUUGUCAAAAAACCCCCAACCGUUUGUUGCAAAAAUGGUGAAUUCAACGAGUUCUUUAAAUGUAGGAUUUGAGGAGAUCCAGAAAUUACUUUCGCUAGUUGAGCUGCAAACUAAACGGGAACUAAGGCAGGUGUACCAAAGAUGUGAGGAGCAAGAGGCAUUACUUUUAGAUUUGGCGAACAGCAUGCAAACGUAUUUCUCCGUAGCUAAUCCGCAGCAACGAAAACUGGAAGCUGUGUACGAAACACAACUCUUAAUUAUUGGCGAAAACAGCCAUGCUAGUAAAAGUUAUCAGCGCUAUAAAAGUGAUGUUCAUCUAUCAAAAAAUAAAAUUGAAGAGGUCUUGGAUAAAUUGGAGGAGUUUUUUUCUCUCGAUAGAAUGAUUAUAAAUAACUCUGUUGAUCUGUCUGAAGGAAAAUCACCGAAUGUAUCUUUUAAAGAACAAAGAUUACGAACGAAUGAGAUGGAUAGUUUUGAACUUUGCAGACAACCGGAGAAUGAGGAGUCUUCUAUUGAAUGCAUUACCCAAAAUUUGAAGUCGUAUAAAAGAACUUCGAGAGAUACUUCGCCUAUUCAACGGGUGAUUGCUUCUCGCAAUAAUGAUUCUCUAUAUCAAAACCGUCAACAACCUUUUAUAUCCAGUAAUUCCUUUAACUUAAACGAAACUUCCAAACAAAAGUUCAAUGGACCGAGUGAAGACUUGCUUUCAAGCACGGACAAUAAAGAUGAUAUCCGAGAUUUCUCGUCUUUUUUGAAAUCUGACAAUUAUAGUCCUUUGUUAAGCUCCACUAAGAACGUAACACUUAUAAAGGAUGAAAAGCAAGCGCAUGAAAAUACGCUUCAAAAUGAAGAUGAUGAAUUGGAAAUUCCUUCCUCUGAUAACCCUUCUAAUGUAUCCUUGAGUUUGGAUCUGUCUCAGGAAAGAAUGACUGAACACAGAUCAAAUACAAAUGAAAUCAUGACAAAGCAAAAGCAGUUUCAGGACCAUCAAAAGAAAAAUGCAGAAAUAAAGAAUCUGGUAUACGAAAAAUCGCCAAAACUUGAACAGACCGUUAACUAUGCACGCUUAGCAAAGUCUGUUUCAUUUCUUCCUUUUAAAGACAAAAAGAACAGAAUGGCAAGAAGGUCAAGGAAGAAGAAAACCCCGCCAGAAAGAAGAGAAAAUGGAGACUCAUACAGUAAUACUAGGUCUAAAGAUGAAAGUAAUCCUGCUGAAAGACACGCGAGUCCUAUUAGACAUUGCGAAAGGCGCUUAUCGACCCUGGAAGGUGAUCAAGAAGCAACUUCAGAUGAUAAAGAAAAUCAGCAUGUCCAAAAUCCGAAGCUAAGAAACAUUGUGUCAGAAAAUUCAAGUAGUCUUUCUCAUCAUUGUGAACGCAUAAAGCCUCGCUUCAAUAAUGAAUAUUCCAAUGAAUGGAAUUUCGACGAUAAUUUUAAAGAAAGUACUACUAUUUUACGUCGUGGCCAUUCAAAUGAUUCUGCACAGCAAAUAUACGCUGCAGAAAAUAAUCACAAAAAUAUGGUUACUCUAGAUUUUAAAGAUUGGAAUAUUUAAUUCUAUUUAACUUGCGUUUAAAGCUUAAAUCUAUCUUGGCGAAUCCCCUUCACUUGUUGAAAGCGCAAAUUAAAACACAUCCUUUUGUUUACGCACUCGAUCCUGGAGUUCCCUUUUAAAAGAUUUAAUAUAAAUGUUCUUAUAGAUUAUCCUUACUGCCUACAACUGCGGUAUGGUUAUCUAUAGUGUACUUCUUAUGCAAUGAACUUUUGAAUGAAGAGUAAUUAACUAUAUAACUGAAAACGUCUUGAUUUUUCUAGAGCAUCA